AUGGAGCAAGGGAACCAGACAUUUGUCCCAGGAUUCAUCUUGCAAGAGCUCUUCAACCAAGCAGGACACAAAGGCCGCAUCUUCUCCAUCCUCCUCUUCGUGUACCUGCUGAUUCUUCUGGGCAACCUGUUGAUUGUCCUCCUGAUCCGCUGCGACGCCCAUCUCCUCCACACACCCAUGUAUUUCUUCCUCAGCUACCUCUCGCUGGCUGACAUGUGUCUUGCGUCUUCCACCAUCCCCGUCAUGCUGCGUAACCUCAUUUCCCAGGACAGGGUCAUCUCCUACGGUGGUUGCUUGUCUCAGGUUUAUUUUUUCUUGGCCUUCGGCAACAGCGACAGCUUCCUCCUUGCCGCCAUGGCCUACGACCGCUACUUGGCUAUCUGCCGCCCACUGCACUACGCUGCCUUGAUGAACACCAAGCGCUGCCUCUUGAUGGUUUCCGGGUGUUGGCUCCUGGCCCUUUUCCAGUCCACGCUGUACACCUCCCUGCUCUCCUCUCUCUCCUUCUGCGCAUCCCAGGAGAUACCCCAUUUUUUCUGCGAGUUCUACCCUGUGCUGGGGCUCGCCUGCUCCGACACCACGGCUGUCAAGCUGGUGGCACUGACGGAAGGUGUGCUAGAUGUCCUGGGGCCAUUUGUCUUCAUCGUGGCCUCCUACGUGCUCAUCUUCCUCAGCGUUACGAAGGCUUCAUCGUCCACCAGCAAACGCAAGGCCUUCUCCACGUGUGGUUCUCACCUGGCUGUGGUCAUCCUCUUCUAUGGCACCCUCUGCUGGACCUAUACACAGCCUACCUCUGGCAGCAGCACGGUGGCGUACACAGCUGUGACUCCCAUGCUGAACCCCUUCAUCUACAGCCUGAGGAACAAUGAGAUGAAGGGAGCUCUGAUAAGGCUUCUUCGCAGGACGAGUGUUGUUCAUAGGAACUUGAAGUAA